CGCAGCCGGAUUAGAGAGACAGAUGCGUCUGGUGCUGUCAGACCUGGGAACAACUUCAGAAGAAACUCGCUGUGCUCAUGUAAACUAAAGAAUGGUCUCCACUCCUAACUAGUCUCUGUCACAGUCUCGAAAAGCUACCUAGCUAGCUGUUUCGCUCUUAGAAGGUGACGUUAUCCUUAAAUAGGUAACAUUAGCUGUAGCUAAUUUAGUGACAAGCUAGCUAGCAUAGCUAUCAAUCCCAUACAAACCACACUAUUCGGCUGGAGUGCUUCCUUCCGGAGUCCGGAAGAUAGGGCACCAGCGAUUCUUGUUUAAGCCGGUUAAUCGGCAUAAAAUAAUUAACCACAGACACGGCGGUGAGGCGGAACUUUGAGAAUUUCUGUACUGCGUGACGAGAGUCUGGAACCAAGCCGAACAACACACCCUGUCAGAAAGUCUGGCAUCUGGAUGUCCUGCGGAACGGAUGCGUGAGGACAUGUCGAGUGCGGUGUGUGUGUCGGAGGGUGCGGAGGUGUGUGUGGGCGCCGGCGAGGUGUGUGUGGCGCAGGAGGAGCUGGUGGCUCGGACGCGGGAGGUGGUGCAGGGGCUGGAGGCGCUGCGAGCCAGGCUGCAGGCCAUCCUGGAGGACUUCGUCCGGAACAUCGAGUGCCUGCCUCAAACACCAUGAAAGGCCAAUGCCCAGGACGACAAACAAACAUCAUCCACACUCCCUGACAUGCUGGAGCUCGGACUCAGCGAAGCACAGGUGAUGCUGGCUCUGUCGGGUCACCUGAGCGUGGUGGAGGCAGAGAAGCAGAAGCUGCGGGCGCAGGUGCGUCGUCUGUGCCAGGAGAACCAGUGGCUUGGAGACGAGCUGGCCAACCGCAGAAGCAAGCAAGCGGCCCGGCAAGGCGUGGCCCAGCUGGACGAGGAGAAGAAGCAUCUCGAGUUCAUGAACCAGCUCAAGAAAUACGACCAGGACCUCAGCCCCACGGAUGACAAAGACUCGGACUCGGGUAGGGAGACUCUGGAUGACCUGUUUCCUGAUGACCAGGACGAGCCUGGACCCAUCCAGCCCCCCCACAGUAGCAGCAGUGCGGCGGCGGUGGCGGCUCAGCAGGGGGGCUACGAGAUCCCGGCGCGUCUGCGCACGCUGCACAACCUGGUGAUCCAAUGCAGCGUGGGGUAAGCUCACGAGGUGGCGUCGCUCUGCAAGCGGCUCGAGGACCUGGAGAAGGCGUCGACCCACGACCACCGCGUGGCCACCAUGCUCAACAUCCUGGCUCUCGUCUACAGGGAUCAGAACAAGUACAAAGAGGCAGCAAACCUGCUGAACGACGCACUGGCUAUCAGAGAGAAGACGCUGGGCAGGGAUCAUCCAGCGGUGGCGGCUACACUGAAUAACUUGGCGGUCCUCUAUGGGAAGAGAGGGAAGUACAAGGAGGCGGAGCCACUGUGCAAACGUGCACUGGAGAUCAGAGAAAAGGUGCUUGGGAAGGAGCAUCCUGAUGUGGCGAAGCAGCUGAACAACCUGGCGCUGCUGUGUCAGAAUCAGGGCAAGUACGAUGAGGUGGAGUACUACUACCAGCGUGCGCUCCACAUCUACCAGAACCGCCUGGGCCCAGACGCACUUGAACGUGCUGCCAAGACCAAGAACACCCCAGGGACACAGAGGGAGGCCGCCAUGCGCUCCCGCAAGCAGGGUCUGGACUCGGCCCAUAAGCAGCGUGUUGCGGAGGUGCUGGGCGACCCGGACGCUCGUGAGAAGCAGCGGAGUCGUGAGAGUCUGACUUCUGACACGGUCAAGUACGAGAGCGGCCCCGAUGGGGGGGAAGAAGUGAGUAUGAGCUUGGAGUGGAACGGGGAUGGUUCUGGUUCUCUGAAGCGGAGCGGAUCCUUCAGUAAGCUCCGAGCCUCCAUACGGCGCAGCAGUGAGAAGCUGGUGCGCAAACUCAAGGGUGGGGGUAACCGUGACAACGAGCCCAAGAACCCCGGCAUGAAGAGGGCCAGCUCCCUGGGUGUUCUGAACGUCCCGGACAAACCUGUGGGAGAGGCUUUCAAAGAGCGAAAUCAUCGUCUGAGGAAGACCCGUGACUUGAGUGCCAGUCACACUGACCUGGCACACUGAUGACUCCGCCCACCAGGCACACACCAGCUCCAACAGGAAGCCCCACCCCAUCAGAAGUCUCCGCCCCUUCUGCCUGGACUUCCUGUCCUCACAUGGCUCAACCCAGACUUGAGGACACACUGAACUCACAACUGGCCUUACCUGCACUGACUGGGACACACACACA